GAACGCCGUCGUGGUCGUUCGUCCGAAUCAUACGGCGGCUCGUCCGAGCACGAUUAACACGUUGUAAUUCGUGGUUCCUGCUCGUAUCUCGCGACCAAAGAUCGAGUAACGAUCGUAGGCAGGGAAAUUCUUUGCCUGCAGCGAAGCCCCGGUGUCGAUGAAGAGAACCACGUGAUCGUAACCGGUUCGAUAAUGCGGCCGAUUGGUUGGACGCUGGCGUGCGCGUUGCUCGCCACUACUUUUCCAAAAAGUGCAAUCCUGUCGGACGUCCAGAGUGUUGGUGUCGCUGCGGGUUACCAGCGCGAAGCUGGACGCGCCAAAGUCACCAAACUGCUGCCGAUUUCCAAGGUCGCGACCGUGGACCCCGAUAUACAGGAGCUGAGAAAAUUCCUCGACGAUCUGUUCGUCGGCGGAACGAGGAAGAUUCGAGGUAAGCGUAAAGUUGACGUUUCGAGAUAUUAUGCUCGAACGUUUGGCCAGAAGCGAAUCCAAUUUAUGUUAAUGCCGAUGAUGUACAAAAUGGGAGUGAUGAUGACAAUGCUAACCGUUUUGACUCUGAUCUCGCUGAAGGGAUUGCUCAUUGGUGCCAUACUAUUGAUGCUAAAACUCAGCACGAUAAUAGCCAAGUUUACGUCUGGUGGGCAGCACAAUGCGCAGCCUGUUCAACCGAUCCACGUGCACGUUCACAACAGCCUGCCGACAGCUCACAAUCAAGCGUACAAUGGAUGGAUGUCGGCAAGCGGACCAGAAAACGCGGGAGAACAUUACUACUACAGAGGAUGAUGACGAAUUUUUCGACGAUAUCUUUCUCUCGGACACUGUCUCUUCGAUCGCCGCGAUCGAAACUAGGCUAUCGGACCUGUUACGUUCGUUACCCGCCGACCGACUGGUCCCGACCUCGACCAGUACUGGGAAAAUAGAGUAAGCGCGUUGCGGUUGUCGAGCAGGCAUCGACGAUACAGCGAACCGCAACUCACUUCUCGUGUACCAAAGUUUUGUUUAAGUAUUCUGAGAUAAGACUGGUAACUCGCGUCGCCUGAUCGACCAACCUGCAAAACCAAAAUUGUAAACUCGUACGUUUAAGGAACAACCUCACGUUUACCUCAAACUAGCGAUAACGUUAAUUUAUUUUGUAAAGAAACUGCGUCUCUUCUCCUAUUUA